AAUUUAAGUUAACCUAUCCUAUGAUUCGGAUCAGAUUUGAAACUCUCUGAAUUUAUUUUAUCUGUGUAUAUGGGAAUCACGUUCUUUUUUCUUCUUUUUGUUUUUUGCGUAAAGUGUAUAGGAAGAAGUUCACAGCCGCAUUUACACAGUAAAAUUGAUCGGACAUGUCAGAACCAUACUAGGGCCUAGCAUUCACGGAACCAAACAUUUUGGAAUCUAGAGACUAAGUUAUGAGAAUGUUUGUCAUUUGCCGUAUGAAAUUCGUGUCAAUAGAUUUGUCGUCAGUGGUGCAUGCUGUUCUUAUAUGUUGUUUUGCACUAAGAGACUUCACGGUAGAAGGCAGCUAAGUUAGAUGUAUGUGCUUAGUUCCUUACCUUUAAUAUGCUAUGCAUUCAUAUCUUAAUUCAUUACUCAUACUUUCUUAUUACCUAUUUCAGCUGCACAAUGACAAUAAUAGACUUCAUAGACGUGAUUGAUGAUAUCAUUGACUUGAGCAGCGACGAGGAGGAGAAUGUUGAACAGGAUGAAAUCCCGACUCAACCCCCGGCGACGAUGCUUGAUAGGCAGGAGGUGUUUGUCGAAGCUGGUGAUGGAAGGCAAGAUUCUGCCGAGUCCGGAAAUACUAUCAAAGCUACCACAUGGUCCAUGUUUAAUAAGGAGAAGGGGCCUCUUGAUACAACUGCAAACGAGAAUUGCACUUCAAUGGCAGUACCACUCCCAAGCGCCGCUUCGGCCGCUCCGGAGGCUCAUCCCUCAUCACAGCCUGACCAGACUGAAGAAGGGUCCUCUACUCAGUCCAGAGAUACUCUGACAGGUACCACUGCAACACCGUCCUUGGUUGCAGAGGAAGGGCCUCUUGAUACCACUGCAACACAGAAUUUUCCUCCUACAUCAGUGCCAUUCCCAAGUCCCACUUUCACGACUCCGAAGGGCCUGACAUUUGAAGGAGAUAAUGGAAGGCUGCUGAGGAUGUAUGGGAGACGUCCUAGGAAGAAGAAGAACUACCAUACCGAAACCCCUAGGAGAAGUCCUAGGUUCGAACAUAAGCAUAAGUGUAAUAAAAGGCCGUUGUAGAGCCAGCAGAAGAAUCAACUGCCUCAGCAAGCAAUGCAGAAUUUUCAAAAACCUUCUCUGCCUACACCCCCAACUAGCGUAAUAAAAUCUCUCUCUGCUGCUUCCAGUUAAAUGUCACAAAAAGAUUGCGAACCUGUUUUGAAUGCGCAUUAUCAGGUGGUAUUUUUUAAAUAAAUUUGGGAAAUGCACUCAGUUUUUGCAGUUUGGGAAUUGAGAAACUAAGUAGUAGCUGCAAUGUAACCAACAGGUUGGAUGUUGGACUGAAUUUGUGAGGCCCACAGCAUUGUGAAAAAAUUCUAAAAUAAUCUUA